CUGUCAAGCAAUCACACAGGUUGACAGAGUGAUGGACAUUAAAAGAGAAACUCAGACACAAAAUUUAAAUGUGCCUGAAAGAAGUUUAAUUGUGAAUGAACAAAGUAAUACACCAAAGAAAGUUAACUUUGAUAAUAAUACAACGCAAUUUGAAGCCUUAGUAGAGGAUAAUACUUUAGAUAUGGAUUCUACUCUAGUUUCAUCAUUAAGUUGUAACCAUGAUGACAAUAAUACAGAAGUCGAAACAGAGGAAUCACCAGAUGUUUCUCCAUCAGCAGAUCAAACUGAAACAAAAACCAAUCUGAAUUAUGAAGAAAUCCAGCAAGCCAUCAUGGAAAUAUCCAGUGAAUUUAUCUCUGGUAAUUUAUCCGGCGGAAAUCUUAUGGAUGAGGAUAGCGAUAGCUCUCAUUUAUCUUCAGAUUUAGAGAGUCGCCGAUUAAAAUCAAGUGUAGCUAAAUAUCCAGAAAAUGCUUCUGGUUUAUCUGAUAAUGAUUGGAAUCCGUACACAACAGAAUCAGACUCUAAUCUGACACCGCGAAUGGAACCCCAAGCAAAGAAAAUUACAGAAAUAGCAGAAAUUGACACGGAAUCUGAGGUAGUCAAAGAGCAACACUUUAAUGGAAAAGAAUCAGAUAUCUCUUCCUUUUCUCCUCAACUUUCAAGUUCAAAAUUCACAAACAACGAAAAUUCAGAAGAUAAACCUACGCCACCCUUUAUGGAAACUGUUAAAGAAGAAACAAAAUCAGAAAUUUCAAACUUCUCUCCAGCACUAACAAGCUCCAGAGCACAGUCAUUAAAGCAUGAUCCAGUGUCCUCAUAUUUUCCAGCAUCAACCUCAUGUACAUCAAGUCUCACGAAAUCAAGUAGCACUAAUUCAACACCUAAUAACGUAACAAAUAAAUCAUCUUCUUCCAUUAUUGAAUUUUCGCCAUUGUUAUCCAGUACUGUUUUAAAUUCAACGAACAUGCAGCAGCAAGCUAAUAGAUUUAACAUUACUCUGAGUGAUGUUUCUGAAGCUACGGAGCAUGAUUCAACAUCUUUUAAGGAGUUGAAGGAAGUUGAAGCCUCAACUGUUUUGUCAGACAAGCCAGCUGAAAUCGUUAAUAAUACUGCUAACCUGGUUAAUGGACAUGUCUCUCCCAAGACUCUGCUGUUUGAGGAUGAUAUUAAUGACAAAGCUGCUACAGUCAAUAAGGAUGAUAGGAGCAAUACUCCACCUCCAGCUAAAGUUACACCUGAAGUUCAACCUGAAAAAGAAGAUGCUGAAGAAAAUCAUAUUGCUUCUUCCAGCACAGAUUCUAUUGAUGGUCCACCAUGUUUAGAGGGAUCUGUAUCAAAUCUAAUUGUGGAUAAGACUACAACAAACAAUGAAGAGAAACUAGAAGUUGAUCAAAAGAAACAGGAAAAGCCAAUAACAGCUUCUUCAUCAAAUACUUUAAUGAUAAAGGAGAUUCUCUCAUCAAAGACACCAGUGGAUUUGAAGAGUACGGAUCAAAUACGUGAAGAUGCCAACAGGCUUCUAGAGAAUAAUUUAAAAUCUUUCCAAAAUUCAGACUUAAAUCUACAAACUACGAAGUCUCUUCCAGGGAACACAACGAAAACAAACUUAAAUACUUCAUAUUCCAAAUCCAUGGAUGAUCUUACAAAAGAGGAUGCAUCUGAGAAGAUCGAUGGAAAAAAGUUUGCCUCAACAGAUAAUUUAGACAUGAUUAGAAUAUCACGCACAGAUCCAAACUUUUUAGCUGAUGUUGGAGAAUAUUUGGCUACCUUCCCAUACCAAAGUUCAAGUCAUGACACAGCAUCCAAAACAAAACCAGUGCCUUCAAAUAGAACAUCUUUUGGAUCCUAUACACAAAGCUCCCACACACAUGGUUAUUCUCAUUCUUCUGGAGACAGAUUUUCAAAUGGCAGCUCAAAAGUUUCUGAUCUAGGCAACCUUCUAUCAGAACCAGACAGAGUUGAACCCCAAACCAGACUUUCUAAUGGAACAGGGAGGUUUACCUCAAUAUUUGGACAGAAGUUUGUAGCAGGUGCUGAAGCACGAGACCAGCUUGAAAGCAAAGACUCCUCUCUUGGGAAGCAAGAAAACACUGGAAGUAGAGACAAAGAGACAUCCUACCAAUCUGGUAGUUUGCAAUCGAAAGUAGAAGGUAUUUUAUCGAGCACUGCUUACCUAGAACAGAUGAAGAAAGAUAAUCCUAUUAUUGGUCACAACAUCUCAAUUUCUCCACAAAAUAGUCCCGAAAAACCAAUGGACUAUAAGAAGAUUCAAUUGGAUUUACUUCAAAUACAAAAAAGUUUGACCAGUAAUAAAAUUUCAGAUCUAUCCAUCAAAUCAUCAUUUGAUUCUGGCUGUAGUUUCAGUAAUCAGAAUACUACACAACAUCCAGAGAGUAACACAUCAACAGAAACUAAAACUAAUUCCUUAGCUGAAGUUUCGAAAGAUCCUCAGCAUUCUUCAGAUGCUGAGAGUACUGAUAUAGUUCCAAGCACUACUAGCUCAACUCCAGAAAAAACUAAGAAAUUAAUGUGGGAUUAUGCUGCCGAUAUUGGUUAUGAUGAUACAGGCCUUUUCAUUGGUAGAAACAGCGGUGGAAGUAUGGAACAGCCAAUUUUAUCUGGUAAUGUAGAUUUAUCUGGGUCGAGAUUAAGUCAAAUGCGAACUUCUGUAUUUUCUAUUAACCAAAGAAGAUCUGAUAACCAAGCAUUCGUCAAUUGUGAUCAAGUUGAUAAAAAUGCAUCCCAUAGAACAAGAUACUGUUCUGAAGGGGAAGAGACAAGAACUUCCUCCAGCAGUGGACAUGUUGAUGGUGAUGUAUCUGAUAAGACUGAAAGUGAGGUGACAUUAACGGAACAAGAUAUUGAUGAACCAACGAGAGAUGGAAUGGAAAUCAACAACAUUAACAUUCUACAAACAAUAAACCAGAAACACAAUGUGGAUAAUUUAAUCGAGGCCUUGAGAGCUCAACGUCAAGCUGUGGAGGAGAGAUACAGGACCACCGGCAGAUAUUUCUCAGGUCAGCCACAUCCAAACCAGUCAGAAACACAGCAUGCACCUGCUGAGACCCGAGGAUUAGCCAAUCAAGUUCAAAGUAUUUUAAAGAAAGACAACCCAUCAACACAAGCUGACGGCUAUCUAAAUGAUGUUUUCAAUCAAGAAAAAGAUUUAAGAGAGAAGAUAUUCCGAAGAGUUUGUUCAGAUUCGAGUUUCUCUGAUACAUCUUUAGGUCUUGAUGACUCUUCACGGAGCUUCACAAUAGCUAUGGAUACAGUUCGACGAAGAUUAGAUUUGUCAAAUAUCCCGGUAACUGACACCCAACAAAAGCCACUGGUUCCACGUCUUGAUUUAAAGGGUAAAAUGUCUGCCCCAUGUAAUGCUGAGUCGGCUUUGACCUCCCACAGCAUCGAUUACAGAACACCAAAGAAACAUGUGAUACAGUGUUAUCCAGUUUAUGGUUAUCAGAAAGAUCAACAAAACCAGCCUCAAAAUAAAUAUGAGACACGGCCAAUCCGUGAGGGCCCUGUAGUAAGAUCAGAUGACCCCAGGGAUAUGUGGCCACAAUCAGGACAAGUUACUAAUGUGACCAGAGGAUUUGAAUCAAUGGGGGAUUCUAAUUUUGCUGACAAGACAAAUGUCACGGAUUCACAGUUUACAUCCUUAAGAACUCAAACAUCCUUAACAACUGUAACUAGUGAAAAGAGCCAAUCAGAUAUAUUAUCUGAAUCAGGUGCAGAAACAAGCCUUUCAACAACAGAUCGACGCUCAGCUUCUUCUCCAACAAGAGAAAGAGGCAAGAGUUCCCCAGAUUGGGAAUUCCGACACCCUGAAAUACCAGACCUUGGUGGACCUGUAAAUUCUAGAAGGACAGCAGUAUAUUCCACUACAGAUAAAGAAGAUAUAAAAGAGAGACAAUCACCAGUUUCACCUCGUUAUACAUCUCAAGAUUCUGAUUCUAGUGGAAUUAAAUCGAAGUCUAGAUUUAGACCUUACAGGGCUUCAAGUGGUCAUCCAUUUAUAGAAAGUGAUACAGCAUCUAUAGCAGACAGUAUAACAACUGUCGAAAGUACACAUACAGGUUCUGAUGAUGCACAGGGACCUGAAUUACCCAGGGCAGUUUUAGGGUCGCGACCUGAUCCUAAACAGCAGAGUGGAAUCUAUUCUAAACAAACACAUCAGAUGUCUACUUUAGUUACAGAACCAGCUUUAUCAACUAUAGAGGAAAAAUCUGUUACUGAUGAGAAGUCAGUCGAGAGUAUGAAGAGUUCUGGUAGUGAUCAGUCUUUACCUAGAAAACCUGACGAUCGUCAGCAGAUAGACAGUGGUCUGUAUACUUUAUCUCAUGGUGGACAUACAAUCAGCCAUCCAGUAGACAGUGGACUAUACACAUUACCACAAGAUAGUCGAACAAUAAACCAACAAGCAGAUAGCGGAAUACACACUUUUCCUCAAGGAACUCAUACUCUAAAUCAACAACUCAAUAGUGGUCUGUAUCAAGUUCCUCAAGCAGGUCGCCCUGUAGAUCAGCAAGAUGAUAGUGGAUCGUACACAGUGCCCAAGGGAGGUCGUACAAUAGACCAGCAUGGAGAUAGUAGACUGUACACUGUUUCACAAGGAGGUCGCUCUACAGGCCAGCAAGCAGACAGUGGGGUAUACUCAUUGCCUCAAGGAGGUCGUACCAUAAACCAACAAACCCUACCCCAAGGAAAUGAAAUGGAAGAAGGAGUCUACUCAUCUCUAGAAGGUCUUAUUUAUGAUAAUGAGCCUGAUUGUGAUGAUGUAUAUUCAUCAUUACAAGAUGAUAGUCGUAAUAUCGAUCAACAACUAGUAGAUGAAAAUGAUUAUUUAAUACCACAAGUUAAACAUAAAACAGAUUCUCCAUCUCAAGAACAGAGAUCUGCAAAGAGAAAUCUGUUUGAAUCAAAUGACCAAUAUAGACAAUCAAUGGAACCUUUAUCUCCACAAGUUUAUGAAGAUGUCUCAGAUUUCAAAAAGACACAUGAGGCUAUGGUGCAGGAUGUUCGCAAUCAGAGAAUUAUGGGUAAUAAUCCCCCAGAAUAUUCCCCUGGAAGACAUCAAAAAAGAGAAUCUGGAAGACGUUCACCUUUUGAUGACCUUUAUAAACCUCCUCCAGCUCAAACCCAUUUCCAGAGUCAAAGGUCAAAUUCUCCAUAUUUUGAAGAAAUGCAAUUUGAAUCAAAUGGUCAUCAAUUUGAUUCAGCCAAGUCAAAAAAGGAAACAGAGAUUGGCUAUCCAGGACGUGUCUCACCAUCAGGUGCCAGAAGUCCAACACAGGUUGUCUCCCGUGAUAGAGGGCAGUACAGAGACGUGGAUCAACAAAGAUUGAUGGAAGAGAGAGAAAGUAGACAAAAUGGCCGAACUGUGUCCCCAAUUGCCAUGGAUACCAGAAACUCACCGGUGUCCUAUAUUCAGAAUGAGAAACCUGACUACACUGGAUCUAGACUUCCUAAUGAUACAAAUGAUGAAAUUAUCAUGAAACCUACAAAGAGAACAGAAAGAAGAAAACAUUCAGAAAGGAAGAGACCCCAGUAUGGUCACGAUUCGACAUCUGAAGAAGAAUAUCUACGUGGUAUAGAUCGAACGCCUCAUAACCUCCGUGCUCAACGUUUACGACAAGCUCUAGAACAAGAAAUAGCUCAAACACAUCCACAAGAUCUGCCAGCAGUGUGGCAAAGAUUUUCUGAGAUUAUGCCGUCGGAAGCUGAGAGUCAAGUUAAUCCUUUACAAUCUGAAAUAUAUGCCAGUCUAGUGACACAUCCCACAAAGCAGUUAAUCAGCCAGUAUUUUAACGAACGGGAGAAUUCACGACAAAUUUUGGAAGAUCGUUUAGCGGAAGAACGAGAGUAUCGUCAUCGUCAGGCUCUUAAUCGUCCGAAGAAAAUGAGUUCUUCAGAAGACCAAUUAAAUUCAGCGAAUUUUGAACAAAUAAAUGCAAGUUAUGCAGAAAUCUUGGAAGCUCUUGCAGCAGAGAGAGCAAAAAGACUUCAUAGAGAGACAAAGGCAAAGUCUCACUCUCGAUCUUCUCAGAAACAAAAGCAUGAAAAACAUUCCAAGACUUCAAAACGUUCCUCGCAGCACUCAACAGAAAAUUUGGAAACCUUAUAUGCUAUCCCUGAAGAUCAGAGUAACGAUACGCUAGCAGCAACUAGUAACAGCCAGUCACAAGACAGUCGAGAUUUGAGCGUGUCAGAUCCUAUGUCAACGCUGAAGAGUAAAAUUCGACGCCAGAGAGAUAAAAUAGAAAAGGAGAGACGUCGGGAAUUGAAACGAAUGGAGAAGUUAUGGAAGUUAGAGCAACUGCUAAAGGCCAAGAAAAGUGGUUUAAUUGGUAAUUUUGUUCUGGCUAAUAACAUGAAUUCAAUAUCAUCCACAUCGACUGCUGCAUCUUUCUCGGAAUCUCCAGAACUGCUCAGCGGUGAAUCUACCUUAACGUUGUCAGCUCACUCUGGGGAUAUUUCGGAAGACAUUUCGACAACAGUUAAAGAUAGUAGCUAUGAAGCACAUCGAGUGAAAUUAAAUCGCAGCAAACAGAAAAAUGCAGAGGAACAAUAUGAAGCUGCCUUACGAUAUCUUCUUAGUUCUGGUUCCUCUGCAACUCUGACAGACGGUGAAGAUUCCCCAAGUUGGCUGAUCAAGGAAGAGAAAAAAAGAAGAAAAAUGGAGAAGGCGAGAUCGCCAAAAGAUAAAGCGAAAGAAAAGCCUGUUAAACUGAAAGAAAAAGGACGAAAGAUUGUAGAAACCAGACCAAAAAAUCACAGUUCUCCAUACCGUGUUAAAGAUCGUAAACAGAAAUCUCCCAAAAAGCCAGAAUCCUUUGAAAUUUCUCCAGUUAAAUGGGAUCGUGAGUCUACUAGAAUGUCCUCACCACACAAAUCAUCGCGAAGUGCCUCAUUAUUACAUAGUUUAGCUAGAGAUAUAUCACCAGUCAAAUCAUCGUCCAAAUCAGCUCGCAGAUCACGAGAUCCGUCCAAUAAAUAUCAUGAAGAAUCACAUCGAGCACGCAGCAUCUCUCCAGACAGACACCAUAGGAGCAGAGGUGUACAGACGUCACCGAAAAUGAGAUCAAGGUCAUGUUCACCAACUUAUGGAGACCUUCAGAUUAUUUCUGUUCCCGUGUUAAAGAAGGGUAAACAUGGAACCCGGGCUGUUUUUAUGCCGAGAAUGUACAGUUCUGAUAUGAGAGAAAAUAUUCCACCAAAAAGAAUUAAGAAGAGAGAAAAACCCAAACCACCUGUGUCAUGGUAUAUACCAUUAGCAGAGGAGAAGAGGAACCCUCCAAACCCACUUCAAGAGAGACCACCAGAAACACAGAUCUUAGAUCAACGCAGAACUAGAGGAGAGUGGGGUAUGAACAACGAUCAAUUAAAAUCACCAGGUUGGACAAUAGACACUAGAGUUGAUAGACAGGAAAGGCUGGAUAGACAAGAUAAGCAAGAUAGACUGGAACAACCAGUUGAUAAUGAUAUGGAAUUGCUACCACUGAAGACAUGUAUGACAUUACAGGAUGCUCUUUUGUUAAAUAAGAAAGAUUUUAUAUCACAAUCCCGUGAAAGACAGAAGAGAAUAGCUCUAGCUUCUGAACAUAGACAGAUGCAGGAUUAUCUUGAAGCUGAAAGAGAUCGUAUAUUUGGUGAUAGAAAAAGAAAGGGAAGACAAAUAGAAUAUCCAUCUGGAUAUAAAGCUGAGACACUUUAUAAAUUCCCAAAAAAGAAACUGUUUACAAAGCAAGAAAUGAAAGCUAUAACCCAUAGGUUGUAUCGUCGUUUACCAGAAGUAAAGUAUCGUGAACUAACGGAGAAGAGACGACAACAAUAUAAACUCAAUAGAUUACGAGCCAUGGUAUUUAAUAGAAAAGUACAGAAUAAUGUAUUACGUCGAGCUGGCAUUAUAGCAUAAAGUCUGAUGAUGUCCACCAUAAAAACAAGUAAUAAAUAAAUAUUAAAAUAUAUUCAAGGAAAGAAUAACAGCAUUUUAAACAAGACCUAUACAUAUGACCCUAAUGGCAGCAGGUCAAAUAUUGCAUCGUUUAUUAUCUUAUAUCUUUAUACUCAUUAUUAAAAGGAGAAGUGCUAGUUCCUAAGGCAAUCCACAGAUUCUAAAUCACAUGUGAAAGUGAAAGUAGAGAAGAAUCAAUUGACUUGUGUAUGGUCUAGCUCUUUUCUGAUAUACAACUGUAAAAAUAUUUAUUAAUGUGUGAAAUACUACAUUUAUUCCAAUGCACCUCAUAUAUUAUCCAAAGUUAUAAAAUAUAUAAACCUAUACAACAAUCUCUCUUAGUUCAAUCAGAUCUGUAAUAAUUAUAAUCAGUGAUACCUUAGUUGACUGAAAGCUUAUCUUCUCUGAAAUUGUCCAGCUUCAAGCCUGUCAAUAAUUAAUAGCUGACUCAAUCCAGGUGUUGCUUUUCUGUGUAUAAUUAAUUAUUGGCGAUUCCACAUGUGCCAUUAAUUAUUUACAAACUAAUAGAGAUUGUACUGAUUGAUGUUUCUACAUUGGUAAUGUAGGUAUGUACCACCAGUGCCUUAAAUGUUUCAAUAUAAAAGAAUUAUAACCCUAAAUUAUCUAUGAAUCCAUCCCCAUAUAUAAACCUUGUUUGAAUAUUUUUGAUAUUGCACCAUGAUUGAUAUUUACUUAUAAUCCGUGAUCUUUGUUCUGUAUAUUCCAUUAUUUAUGAUUUAUGUUGAUUAAUGUCGACUGAUCUUUGAGUUAAGUCUAUUUUAGAAAUUGAGAACCUGCAUUAGUUGGCUUAUUUUAGAAAUAGAGAACCUGUGUUAGUUUACAGAGGUGAAGGAAAAGUUUUAUAAACAAAUCUGAUAUAUUAACAGUACAACUUGCUAUUUGCAUGGUGCCUAACCUUCUGAUAUAUUAACAGUACUUGCUAUUUUAAAGGUGCCUAACUUUUGACCACAGAUUUUGCAGAUAUUGAUAGCUGCUAUCUUCAAGGUGCCUAACUUUUGACCACAGAUUAUGUAGAUAUAGAUAGCCAGUAGAUAAACAUAAUAUAUAUACUAUACAGUACAAUAAAAAGGAUGAUCGAUAAUAGUUGAUGUAAUUGUAUAUAAGUUUAUAGGUCUUCACGUAGGGUAUAGCAUAGGUGUAUCAUAUGAUACACAUUUACUAUUUGCCAGCUUCAAAAUACUAAACUUUGAUAUUGUUAUAUAAUAUGAAUCCAUUAUUGUAAAUAUUCUACAUUAAGUAGCUAUUACUAGAAAAUAUUUUAUUGAUGUUUUAUUAUCAGUUGAUAUUCAUACAUGGCAAUUAUUAUUUAUUUCUUCCGCUGAAUAUUAAUCAACAGCUAAAUAAGAUCCAUAGCAAAAUUAAAAAAUAUAUUUUAGGGGUACACAUUAAAUCCUUAGAACCAAUUAGCCUCAUCUUGAUUUCAGUAAAUAAAGAAAUAUUUGGUUAAUUUCAUGACAUUUCAUUUAAUAUAUUGUAUCUUGGUAGUAAUAUUGUGUAAUCAAACUGUAGCUGUGAUAUUAGUUAUAUACUAGUCUAUAUAUAUUAUUAAUAAUAAAAUUCACAUGGAUGUAAUACAAGAACUCUCUGAUCUCAUUCUUCACUUUUCUUUUAUUUACUUGAUUAGUCCUAGUUCUUCACUGGAAUCUCAAUCUAAAUCAAAGGUUGAAUUGUUAAGGGUUAAGAAAAUAAUUCCCCUACGGAGAUUGCCUUUCACUAUUAUGCAAAAAUAUUUAAACUUGCAAGGUUUAAAAGAUUGCAUAUAUAUAACUUUUCUGUAGAAACAUAGUAAAUAUAUUUCAUUUUGUAACUGUUAAAGCUAGAAAUGAUCUAUAUAGUAGAUAUUACACCUAGUUAGUCCCAUGCCAAUAUUGUAGAUAUUAUAGCUUUAUUUAUUCUUUUUCUUUUGAAGUUAGUUAAAUGAAAUAUUUUUGUUUAUUAACUGUAAGUUGUAUAUUAAUCAUUAAAUACACUGAAAAAAUUGA